AUGAUUGUUCCUCCUGAAGCAGCAGCAGCAGCAGCAGCAGCAACAGCAUUAACAGCAGCAGCAUCUCCUUCUCCUUGGUUAGGGGAGAGGCUGCGCUGCUGCCAUGCUCUUAUUGCUUCAGCUCCUGCUGCAGCAGCAGAUGGACUGCCGCAGCAGCAGCUGCGCCUGCUGCUGCACCGUGCUGCAACAGAAGUGCUGAGGGGCAACACGGUUAUUAUUCCUGUCGACUUAGACGGUUUAUGCCUAACAUUGGUGGCAUAUCUAGAGGCAUUAUGGGCUGCAUGCAGCCAGCUGCAGCAGCAGCCGCUAGGGUUUGUGUCUGCUGGCAGCAAAUCUUUCUUAGCAGCAGCAAGAUUGCUGCUUGCUGCAGCAACAGCUCGUGCUGCUUGGGGUUUAGCUAUACAGAGGAGGCAACAUUUUAUAGCAGGUGCAGCAGCAGCAGCAGCAGCAACAGGAGCAGCAGGAGCAUCAGCAGCAACUUCUGCUGCUGAUCUAGAGGCUGCUGCUGCUGCAGUAGACAUUGCUGCUGCAGUAACACAAGGAUCUAAUUCCUCUCGUUACCCAGGCGCAACAGCAACAGCAGCAGCAGCAGCAGCUGCUGCUGCUGCUGCAGCUAGUGGAAUCCGCAGCAAACUGCAGCAGCAGAGGCAGCAACGAAUAGGCAGCUUGCAGUGUACGACGGCUGCGGAGGUGUUGGCGGCAUGCAAGGCCCCUGCUGCUGCUCCUGCUGCUGCUGCUGGUGCAGCACGGGGCCCUCAUCGUAAGCAGCUGCUGCUGCAGCAAAGGAAGCAAGUCCCUCUUCCUGCUGAUGCUCUGUAUACUCUGUUUGAGGCAGAGAGGAAGGCAAGGGCACAGAAGAAGCAGCAGCGGCAGCAGCAGCAGCAGCAGCAGCAGCGGCAGCAGCAGCAGCAGCAACAGGCUAACGGUGCUGACGGCGUAGAGUCUCCUGUGCUGCUAAGCGAGCAGCAAACCCCGACAGACUCUAGCAGCAGCAGCAGCAGCAGUAGCAGCAGUAGCAGCAGGACGUCACCACGAGCAGCAGCAGCACCACCAGAUUCGCCUGCUGCUGCAGCAGCAGCAGCAGCAGGAGACGGGGAUGUAGAUGAUUCAAGCAGUGAUGGAUCUGCAGAUGAUCAACCUACUGCAGCAGCAACUGCAGCAGCAGCAGCAGCACUUGCUGGUGCUGGGGCAGAGCAGCAGCAGCAGCAAGAAGAGGAAGCAGAAGCUGCUGCUGCUGCUGCUGCUGCUGCAGUUAGCGGCGCCUUCCUUCCUCCCCGCUGCAGCUAUGCGCAGCCCUCAUUCAGCAUAAUACAGACACCAGCAGCAUCAACAGCAGCAGCUGCUGCUGCUGCUGCAGCAGCAGCAGCAAGCCAACUCAUGCAGCACACGACUUCCUUCGGGGACAUCGAGGGACAGAUAGCAGAGCAGCAAAAGCAGCAGCAGCAGCAACAGCAGCAGCAGCAGCAGCCCCAGCAGCAGCAGAUCCUCGCCACUUGUGGGGCCCCACUAGAACCACACCUUAAAGAAGCCUGGCGCAUGCAGACCUUGGCUACGACACCUGUAGAUCCUGGCAGGCAAGAAGAGGGCAGCGACGCGAGCGACACAUCGGAAGGAGGCAGCAGCAGCAGCAGCAGCAGCAAGAGGAAGAGAGAGCAGCAGCAGCAGCACCAUCAUCUGUUGCUGCUGCCAGCAACUGUUGCAGCACAACGACUUGCUGCUGCUGCUGCUGCUGCUGUCCGUGGGGGGCCCCGCAGCCGCUUCUUGAAGUUUAGGGAUUUAGCUGCUCCUGCAUUGACAUCUGCUGCUGCUGCUGCUGCUGCUGCUGCUCACCGCAGAAGCGCAGCAGAAGCAGCAGAAGCAUCGAGACCCCACUGGCGACAACAGCUAAGGCGUUGGUAUGGUGGUUAUGAUCCUUGUGUAUGGAAGGAGACAAAGGAGACACUUUUUUUACGUUGUUAUGUCUUGCUGCUGCCAAUAGGAGGAGAAGUACAGCAGCAAGAAUUAGAUGCUAUCUUAUCUACAUUAGAUCCGCAGCAGCUGCUGCUGCUGCUGCCAGACACACAACAGCAGAAGCAGCAACAGCAGCAGCAACAGCAGCAGCAGCAACAACACCAUGCUGCACUUGUUGCUGCUAAUACAGCAGGACUUAGUUGGUAUAUUGAUAUGAAGCCGCAGCAGCGGCAGCAGCGGCUGCGUUUGCUGCUGCCAGAGUCCUCGACUGCAUGCAGCAGCAGCAGCAGCAGCAGCAGAAGCAGCUCGGUGCUGCAGGUCCGAUCUGUGCAUACUGUUGCUGAGGUGUCUGUGCGUCUAUGCAACAGCAACAGCAGCAGCAGCAGCAAGAGCUGCUGCUGCAAGAAGAAGAAACGACAGCGAUUUGAAUCGAGGUGUCUAGGCAGCUUCUGGACACAGCCGCAGAAACCUGAGCUGCUGCUGCAGGGAGCUGACGAAGCAGCAGCAGCAGCAGCAGCAGCAGCGGCAGCAGCAGCGGCAGCAAAAGCAGCAGGAGCGGAAGGAGAUAGUGCAGCAAAACAGCAGCAACAACAGCAACAGCAGCAGCAGCAGCAAUUGCAGCUUGCAGGUUGUGUUGCUGUGGAUGAAAUGCUAACAGCAGCAGCACCAACAGCAGCAGCAGCAACAGCAGCAGCAGCAAAAAGGAGACCUUUGCUGCUAUUAGGCCCCUUAGAAGCCUCUGGUAUACAGCAGCAGCUGCAGCAGCAGCAGCUGCAGCAGCCGCUAGCAGCAACAUUAACAAAUGCAGGCAGAGGGCUGCAGCUCCUUAAUGGACGAAUGCACCUACUCAAGCUAACUUUAACCGCUAAUUUUCUCUUGCCUUAA